UGAGGUUCUCCUGCUGAAGCUCUUCGGACUGUAGAGGUCCUCCUCUUCCAUCACAAACCUCUCCUCCUCCUCUUCCUCACUCUGUGAGCAUCCAUCAGGGACGGGGAGGGGAGGGACGCGCUCGGGAGCCCGGAGGAGCCCUGAACCACGCACAUCCACGCACUUUCCACGGAGGUUGCGGCUCUCCUCCCGCGUGCCAGGUGCCCCUGAACGUCAGGGGACCCAAACGCCUCCCCCAGCGAGCCCCUCCCUCCACCCCCAACUCCAGUUUCUUCCGCGAAGCCUUUGAGAGUCCCGCGCGCGCCGAGAUAUGCAGGUAGUGGAGGCAGCCGCACACACAGGCGUCUCUCAUCGCGUGCGGAUCGCCGCGCGGACCGUCCGCCCGCGUGCGCGCGCCUCGUGGUGACAUUUCGCUGACAUUCCGGCGACUCCGAUGCGCCCGGAGGGAGCGGGAUCGACUCGAGUCCUUCGUCUCAUUUUUAGUUGUGGGAUUUUCGUUGGGAGCUCCGCACCGCGGCGAUGUCUGCAGGGAUCCGUCUCCUCUUCCUGGUUCUGCUCAGCCUGCUGAGGGCAUGUGCCCAAACGGAGAUGAAGAGGGUGGUGGGAGAUAACGCCACGCUACCCUGCCACCACCAGUUCCAGUCGGACUCGCAAACGCUGGACAUCGAGUGGCUGCUGCAGAAGCCCAACUCCCAGCAGCGAGUGGUGAUCACCUACUUUGGGGGCAACGUAUACUACCCCAGCGACAGCGAGCCAGGCCGGGCGACCUUUGCGAGGGACUAUCUCCAGGGCGACGCCUCCCUCCUCAUUGGAGACCUCACGCUGGGUGACACGGGGGACUACACCUGCAAAGUGAAGAACGGGGGGAAGUAUCUCUGGAGCACCGUGAGCCUCAAAGUGCUGGUAAAGCCCUCCAAGCCCCAGUGCUGGAUGGAGGGCCGGUUGCUCGAGGGCAGCGACGUGAAGCUGAGCUGCCGGUCCGCCGAUGGGUCAGAGCCCAUCCACUACAAGUGGGAGAGAGUGCUGGACAAGGGCAAGAGCAUAGGCAAGCUGCCACCUAUGGCUCUCAUAGAUUUUAAAAACCCCGAGAUUGUGACCUUGAGGAACCUUACCCAGGAGAGCACUGGGGUCUACAAGUGCACGGCCUCCAAUGAUGUUGGAGAAGAGAACUGCAUUAUUGAAGUCACAAUACACUACGUGCGGGGAAUUGGCGUGGUUGCGGGUGCGGUGGUGGGUGUGUCCUUUGGCGUGCUGCUCCUCAUCCUCAUCGUCUGGCUGGUCUUCCGCAAGAAGGAGAAGCGGAAGUACGAGGAGGAGGAGACGCCCAACGAGAUACGGGAGGAUGCUGAGGCCCCCAAAGCCAAGCUGGUGAAGCCCAACUCGCUGUCUUCCUCCCGCUCCGGCAGCUCCCGCUCCGGGGCUUCCUCCACGCAGUCCAUGGUACACAACACGGCCCCCCGCGGGCACCGUCCCCGGCCCCCGGCUGGGACCGCCCUCAAGGAGAACGGACAGCCGCCGAGCUUUGGCCAGGCCCCUCCGGCCUACACGCAGGUGGUGUCCAAGACGUCUGAAGCGGACACCCCCAAGUUCACCUCGAAGAACAUGAGCUUGACGGCCGACGCCCCGGCUGUGGUCCCUGCCCAGACCAAGGCCUUUCAGACUGUGUAGGAGGGACAUCGACGCCGCAGCGUGCAGUGAACCCGGCUGCACCCUUUCCACCCCCUGGCUGCACCCCCUCCAAAUCCCACCUGGAAAGAACCAUUUCUUCAAAAAACAAUAAAAUGCACAAAAAAUAUUGGAUGUCAUACAUCACUAAGAAAAACUUUAAAUGAAUGCAUAAAUAAAAGGGGAAAAAAUAAGAAGUGCUUGCCCCUCCUAAAUUCAGUUAAAAAAGAGCAAGACAAAGAGCUACAGAUAUUAAGAUGUCUUCCUUUGUCUGUCUUGGCAACAGCAGAACAUGUUUUAUUUAAACUCUGAGGGCAUGAAAAGUUAUGUUGCCGAUGAGGUGGAAAAAUCCCAAAACAGAGUUUAUUUAUUUUGUAAAAAGAGAAAGAAACCCCAGAAGGUUGGGGAGAGGGACACCCUGGAUGAAAAAAGGGAAACGGAUGUCCAGGGCAGAAGGCAGGUACCGAGGAGUUAUCUGAGAAGAUGAGUUCCAGUGACUCAUCGUCUAACAAGCUUCACACGAGGGGAUGGAAGGGGAAUUUUCAAUCCCAAUCUCUACCGUCGUCGUUCAGCGCCAGCCUUUCGCCCACACGGCCCGGCUAUCUCCUCCCAGGAUGCACAGGGAGAUGCCACUUCAUAUUGCAGCAGAGGAUUCAGAACGAGGGGCGGGUCGGAGAGGGGCGUCUCGGAAAACACACUACGCCGCAUCCCAUCAUGCCCCGGUACGAUCGUCAGCCGCAGGCAUCAUGCUUGCUGGACCAGAGGGUUCCGCACGCAAUGAAUCACAGCGACGUGGAGGACUUUGGAAGGAGGUGACUCAUUGUUGAUGCUAACAUUUCACCCCAGAGGACACAUUUUUCAGAAAAUGCAGAAAUUGAGGUACUUGUCAUAGGACACAGCGACAGCACGGGGUCGUCCCUCUUCGUCCAGACCCCGUCGGGACACGCUCGGACACCUACAGCUUUCUGGACAGCCGGCGGUCUCGGAGAGCUUCUUGCCAAGUACAGAGAAAUUCCAGUCGCAAAGCUCUCUGGGUGGAUCACUUUGAUGGGGAAAUGUACAUGAAACUGUUAAACAAAGAGCUUUAUCUUUUCCCCCAGUUUUAUUCUGUUGAGACAAAGACUGAAGGUUGUUAUGAAGCUGGAAUUCAGCUUUAUGUAAAGUGCCAAAAGAAUCUGGUGUUGCCGUUGGUCCGCUGUCCCUUUUUUCCCAUUUCUUUCAUGUUUCCUUUUUUCCCCAAACGUAACGGAAACAGAGAUAUGUAAAAAAAAAAACUAUGAAUGUGCAUUCCACAGCAGGAUUAUUUACAGGCGGCACAGAUGGUUAUGUUUUCUCCUCGGAGUUGAGCGCGUCGAUUGUUAAAUGAAUUUCAUACCAUUUUCUUCUGAGGAUAUAUAUAUCACACACACACACAUUUUAGAGCGAGUUCUUUUCUUUCCAUUCCCGCCAUUACAAUUACACUUGAUCAUCAUCCGUUAUUCCUCUGAUUCUGCUCUUGUAGGUCCCGCAUAUUCUAUUCUUUUUUAUAGUUCAUCCGCACUUAUUGUAAGUGAAUGCAAGUUUAAACCGUGACAUGUAGCCCAUAUUGUGUGCCUUUGCAGUUUCUCACCCUUUUUCAGUUUU